AUGCACUCCCUGGCAGGACUCCUGCCUAGUGCUGCCACUCACACAGUCGCCCAGCCUGUCUGUCUCAUUGUCCCCUACUUGGCCACUCAGAUCAGAUCAGCACGAUGGGCUGCGCAUGCGGCAGCUUGUAUCUGCCCGAAAACACCAGACCCUCCCCUGCCCCUUCCUCCCCCUCCUUUUCGCCCCUGCCACACAGUAUCUUGAGAGCCCCGCCGCUCAGCGAGUGACCAAACAUCACAACUACCCUCUCACCAUCGCCCCCUGUCUGUUGCUCUCGACUCGCAAUCUCAUCAAGCAGCUCGGCACACCGCAGAAGCACCUCCGCGAAGUUCUCCGAGCCCUCAUUGGGUGCGUCCAGGUCCUUGACGAGGCAAUUCUGGAAGCGGUAGAGCAGGUGCAGCGGGUGGGACGGAUCGGUGUCGUCGACACGCAUGUUCUCCUUUGUGCCGAACCGCAGCUCCGUCAGCCGCUCGUCUGUCCGGUAGCCAUCGAGCACGAAAGCGGGGUUGCCAUAGCCCUUGAUGCAGUCGAUGAAGGCCUGCGCUGUGUCUGUGGCGCGCGAGAGGGGGCUGGACAACACGCUGAUGCGACGGGGGUUCGGCGCAAGGGAUGACAGGUAGUCGCAGAGCGAUGAAGCCGCCUCCCGCGCCUGGCAUGACAGACAGACAGACAGACAGGCAGGCACACACACGUGAGCUGCAAAUGAGCGAUGCACCGACUGUCAACAGACAUGUAGGGUUUCUCACUCACUCACCUGUUGCCUGCCAUUGUCAUUGAGUGCAUUGAUUGGGCUCUCGUCUAUGUGCCCUUGAAAUGUCCUCACGGCGUUUGCAGGCGUCUCGCCAUGCCGCACAAACACCAGGUGACAACCGACAGGCCACCCGUCCACCGCCUGCAGAUCAGACACACUCACUGGACGGAUGGAUGCAUGUCUAUCGUCUUGCAGCAAUGAAUCAAUCACCGUAGCACUCACUCCUCACCCUUGUCUUCCGCCCAGCAUCACAGCACAGCAGCCGUCCUCCCUCCUCGUCAAUGCACAGGCCCCUCUCCCGCAGCUUCGCCUGCAUCUUCGGCAGGUACUCCUCGCCAUAGGCCGUCUUCAGGUCCCUGAGGAACUGCCUGUACACCUGCUGAUCUCCCUCCUCCAUCAUGAUCGUGCCGCUCGUUCGGCUGUGGAUAGACCUGCCGGCGCGAAGAGGGUGGGGCGUCUUUGGGUGCAAAAAGAAUGAGACCAGUGAUAUGGUGACAAGAGGGCCCAGGAAUGCUGUCAUACAGGCUUGUCGAUU